GGUUGUUUAUGAUUCCUGCACGGAAGGGCACAGUGGACCCAUUCCUUCCUUCCUUCUUGCCUUCUUGACCACCAUACAACUGAUCAGCCAUGUUUGCCCGGACAUCCUCAUUCACUCGCGCACUCGCACAGACCCGCCCCUCGGUAUCCUUCUCAAGGGCCUGCUUGCUCUAUACCACCGAGGCUGCCCCUGCCACUCCCCAAUUGCUCGUCCGCAUCAAGGCCGAUGUCAAGGAUGCGAUGCGUUCAAGAGACAAAGAGAGAUUAGCUGUGAUUAAGGGAGUCCUUAGCGACCUCACAUACCUCGAAAAAUCCCCCCAGGCCCCUGCCCAGGUCACAGACUCGGUAAUUCAGGUCCUGAUCCAAAAGUCGAUCAAAAGACGCGAGGAGUCUAUUCUCAACUAUAAGACCGCCGGUCGUGCCGAGCAAGCGGAUCAGGAGCAGAAGGAGAUUGAAAUGUUGAAGGUGUACCUACCCCAAGCCAUGACGGAGCAGGAGAUUGAGGAGGAGGUGCGCCGGGUGGUCAAGGAGCAGGGUGCGACUGGCCCUAAGGAUAUGGGCAAGGUCAUGAAGGAGCUGGGUGGACUCGAUCCGGCAAGGGCACCCAAGAAGGCCGUCAGUGACGCGGUCAAGAAGAUCCUCGCCUCGCUUUAGACCUCUGGACGCUGAGGCUCUCUGUUGAUAUAUAAUAAAGUCAUUUUCAAAAGACGCCGCCACCAUUUUUUUCGGUCGUUGGUCUGUGCGGCCACAUUUUACAAUUGCA